AAAGAAGGAUCCUGAAAAAUAUAAACAGAAACAAAGAGAAAUAGUUGGUAAACAAAGAAAAAAAAUUGCUAAUUUAGAUGAUGACGGGAAAAUUAAGCAAAUGGAACAGUGGAGAAGACAGAAAAAAAAUCAGAAAGAAAGAAGCAUCAAUCAAUCAAGAAACUAUAGCAAAAAACAACACUUAAUUUUGAAAGUAGCUCCAUAAUGUUUUCAUAUUAUGAAACGGAUAAUGAAUGUAAAAAUACAUCUUUUUUAUUUUUAAUAUACAUAAUAUGAAGAUUGUUUACUAAAAAUCUUUUGCUUUGCUGAAUGGAGUGUAGGUCAUUUUCAACAAGUCCGUUAUUUUUCAAUUUCGGUGGCGCAAUAUUUUCUUUUAUUUUUAUUAUGAUUGUUAAUUUUGUUCAUAAUAAGUACUUAAGCAAAAUAACAAAAUAAAAUUGCGCCAACGAUAUUGAAAAAAACUGGACUAGCAAAAAAUUACCCUUGAUAGAUUACUGUGAUUUGAAUUAAGACCGAUUAUAAAAAUUUUAUAAGUAGUUAAUAAAAAGUGAGUAUUGUGAACUCAACUUUAUGAUCCUGUUAGUAACUAAGAAUUCCAAUUAGUAAUUUGUUAAAGUGAGACUUAGUUUAAAAAAAGUUAUUUUGUUUGAUAAUUUUAUUAGAAGAUGAUUAAUGUUACAACUAAAUAUUGUUUAUUUUAAUAUGUUUUACCCGACUAUCUAAGAGAUUAAGUGUUAUACCUUGUGUCUUUUUCAAAACAUAAUAUUAUUUGAGGAGAUUAUGAAACAAAUGUUACUAAUCGGAAGUAUUUUCAUUAAUAAUUUGUGAAAAUAUGCUGAAAAUUGUUUUUGUUUGCUAAUAUAAUGAAUGUAACCGAUUUAAAUAAUAAGAAAAUUAAAUAAAAUAAUACAGAAUACCCUGGCUUUUAUUUAAAAACAAAAUAUUUAAAGUGUUACUAAUUGGAACUUCUUGUGCCCUGAGUGCCCUAUACAAAUUAAUUUUUUGGCUUAACUGCUUGUUCAAUUAUAAAACAAUUGGUAUUUUUAAAAAGCUCAUUUAAUAUGCUAUCCAAAAAGUGAAAAAAAUUACAAAAUCAUUUCUAAAAAAAAAAUGCAUUCCGGUUCCGUAACGGUCAGCAUUUCGUCCGACAGAGUUUUCCGUUUUAGCCACGGUGCGCGCUGCGAUCGAUUCGUGUUCUCCCACCUCCUACUUCGCACCCAGCGAAUAGCAAGGUCUCAAGAUAUUAUCUGGAAUUUUUGUUACUUGACUACUUGUUUUAUCUAGUGCGAGCUUCUAUUAUUGAGCUCAGAGGUGACUAUAGUUUAUGAGACGGUAAUAAAAAAAUAAUAAAUAAUCUUCAAUAAGUUCAUAUUGAACUAUGUAAUAUCAACUUUGUAGUUUUUUUCCUACUAGAUUAAACUGUAGGAGCUACAUCCCUUUGCCUAAAAUAGCGAUGAGAUUGACAUUGAUAGAUGUCAUAUUUAUGACAGCGCCUCAGUUUUGGCAUUGUUAUGUCAACAAACCGAAUCGAAUUCAUACAAUUCAUACAAGACUAUCCAAAAUUAUUAUAUUUUGUCUGUUACAAUAGAUGUUUGCUUAAUUUUAGAAAUGCCUUGCUCAGGUAUUUGAUCGGAAUAGGUGACUUAUUAGUACAAAAUGGAGAGCUAUGCUGUUAUAUCAUUUAUUGGUGAAGGAUCUUUUGGCCGUGUUUUCAAAGCCAAACACAAAGAAACCAAUGAUAUAGUCGCUUUAAAAGUUAUUCGUAAGAAAGGACGCUCUUCAAAAGACUUGAAGAAUUUGAGACAAGAAUGUGAUAUUCAAAGGCAACUUAAACAUCCAAACAUAAUUCGCAUGAUCGACAGUUUUGACACUGAAUCUGAACUAGUUGUGGUUACUGAAUAUGCUGAAAAAGAACUACACAGCAUUCUAGCUAAAAAUGGAUGUCUUAAUGAAGACCAAGUAAAGAAAAUAACAUGGGAUUUAGUUUCUGCGUUAUAUUAUUUACAUUCUCAUAGAGUUUUGCAUAGGUAAUUUCUUUUAUUUUUUGGUUAAUAAAUGAGCUAUCACAAAACAUAAUAAAAUUGAGAUAAUAGUAGAAACUUAUACAGUAACUAGCUGACCCUGUCACACAUUGUUGUGGUGCAGUAUUUAUGAUAGGUUAAAUUGAUUUUAUACCCAUUAUUUUGUUAUUAUUUGAGAUAAAAACUCAACAAAAUAAUAGUUAAAAUUUUAAAAAAUUGGUUCAGUAGUUUUGGAGUUUGUCAAUAAUAUUAUAUUACAUUUGUAAAUUGAAGUUAUUUUUGAACAAUGCUUUUAUAACACAUUUUAUUAUUUGCGCAGGGACUUAAAACCUCAGAAUGUUUUAUUAGAUAGCACAGGUCGUGCCAAACUAUGUGACUUUGGGCUAGCUCGAAUAAUGACAAAUUCAACUCACAUACUUACUUCUAUCAAAGGGACCCCACUGUACAUGGCUCCAGAACUUAUUGAAGAGAAACCUUAUGAUCACCAGGCAGACUUAUGGUCAUUAGGCUGUAUCGUAUAUGAGCUGAUGGCUGGUCAGCCUCCAUUUUGUACAAUGUCUAUUUGGCAACUUGUUCGUAUGAUCAGACAUAAGCCUGUUCAAUGGCCUAGUUUCAUCAGUAUCGAAGCUAGAUCUUUCUUGCAGGUAGGCAAUAAAUUUUUAAUUUAUUGUUUUUGAAUUAAUUUUGUGUGAGGCACAGAUUUAAAAAUGCUAUACUACAGAUACAAAAACACAAACUCAUAAAAUAAUCCCAACUCAUAUAGUCACAUGUUAUAUAUUAAGCUAUUUUUG